CUUGGCGGAGCGCGCCUGCGCGGUGGGGAGCUGCUCGCGGCUCCCGCUCGGCCUUGGGCUGGCUGCAGUCUCCGUUUGAGGGCGGCCGAAAGUGGCUGGCUUGAUUAAGAUGAGGUUUCUGCUAGUUCUCCUGGUGGCGGCGUCGGCGGUGAUCCGGAGCGAUGCCUCGGCCAACCUGGGCGGCGUGCCUAGCAAAAGAUUAAAGAUGCAGUACGCCACGGGGCCGCUGCUCAAGUUCCAGAUUUGUGUUUCCUGAGGUUAUAGGCGGGUGUUUGAGGAGUACAUGCGGGUUAUAAGCCAGCGGUACCCAGACAUCCGCAUUGAAGGAGAAAAUUACCUCCCUCAACCCAUAUAUAGACACAUAGCAUCUUUCCUGUCAGUCUUCAAACUAGUAUUAAUAGGCUUAAUAAUUGUUGGCAAGGAUCCUUUUGCUUUCUUUGGCAUGCAAGCUCCUAGCAUCUGGCAGUGGGGUCAAGAAAAUAAGGUCUAUGCAUGUAUGAUGGUUUUCUUCUUGAGCAACAUGAUUGAGAACCAGUGUAUGUCAACAGGUGCAUUUGAGAUAACUUUGAAUGAUGUGCCUGUGUGGUCUAAGCUGGAAUCUGGUCACCUCCCAUCCAUGCAACAGCUUGUUCAAAUUCUUGACAAUGAAAUGAAGCUCAAUGUGCAUAUGGAUUCAAUCCCACAUCAUCGAUCAUAGCCCCACCUAUCAGCACUGAAAACUCUUUUACAUUAAGGGAUUUUUUGCAAGAGCAGCGUGACUGACAUUAUGAAGGCCUGUACUGAAGACAGCAAGCUGUUAGUACAGACCAGAUGCUUUCUUGGCAGGCUCGUUGUACCUCUUGAAAAACCUCAAUGCAAGACAGUUUUUCAGUGCUGGCACAUUUUGGAAUUCUGCACAUUCGUGGAGUGCAAUAAUACUGUAUAGCUUUUUUUUUCUUCCCCAAAUCCACUCAGUUAACAGUUUUUAAAAAAUGUAGACAUUACCACUUGUACCUUUUUUCCUUAGUCAUAUUUGGAAAAGUAGAAAAUUGAGUUACAAUUUGACUUUCUUUUUGAAGAUGUCUGUUAAAUCUGUUGUGAUUUUAUAUGAAUUUUCCUUUUUCAUAGUUUAAAAUUGAUCUUUUGGGAAUACAGCUGAAGUUCCCCAAUAUUUUAUAAGAGGUUAUCAGGCAUCUUUAAUUUGGUCAUGUCCAGUUUACACAGUUUUCAAAAUACUGCAGAUUGUGAACCGUGUAUUAGACGAGAUUAUGGGGGGAAAUCCUAUAUCCAGAGUACUCUACCAAUUUGUGUGUAUGUGCGUGUGUGUGUGUGUGUGUGUGUGUGUGUGUGUGUGUGUGUGUGUGAUUACCAGAGAAUUACUAAAAGACCAACUGCUUUUUAAAUAUUGUUAUGUAGUUCAAGUGUCUUGCCUUGACCAAUCUAAUGAGUUGAUUAACUGGGCCUUUAUACUUAACUCAAUAAAAAACUAAGCAGAUAAAUUCAAAUAAAAAGUUUGAAUUUAU